CGACAAACAAACACACAUUUUUAUUUUUAUCACUUUCAUUUCUCAGAAAAAACACAUUCUCAAACUGAAGAAGAAGAAGAAGAAGAAGAAGAAAAAAGAAGAAAAAAACAGAGCAUUAAUGGCCACUCUUCAAUCAUCUUCUCUCAUUACCCAAAGGUUAUUAGGGAAAGUGGCAUUAGUCACUGGUGGAGCCUCUGGCAUUGGAGAGGCCAUUGUGCGCCUCUUCCACAGACAUGGUGCAAAGGUUUGUUUCGUCGAUGUGCAGGACGAGCCCGGUUAUCGUCUCCAUGAAAACCUCGGUGGCGACAAAGACUCGAACACUUAUUAUUCUCAUUGUGAUGUCACUGUGGAAGAGGAUAUUCGUCGUGCAGUCGACUUGACAGUAAGUAAAUUCGGUACACUUGACAUAAUGGUGAACAAUGCUGGGAUCUCGGGCACCCCCUCGUCCGAUAUUCGCAAUGUCGAUGUAUCGGAGUUCGAGAGGGUGUUUGAUAUAAAUGUGAAGGCAGUUUUCAUGGGAAUGAAGUAUGCUGCUAGUGUAAUGAUUCCGCGCAAGCAAGGAUCGAUCAUAUCACUCGGCAGCGUUGGUAGCGUCAUAGGAGGAAUAGGGCCCCAUCAUUACGUAGGUUCGAAGCAUGCCGUAUUGGGGCUUACGAGGAGUGUUGCAGCCGAGCUUGGACAACAUGGAAUUCGUGUAAAUUGUGUCUCUCCUUACGGGGUUCCAACGGGAUUGUCUGUAGCUCACUUGCCUGAAGAGGAGAGAACUGAGGAUGUGUUUACAGAUUUUCGUGAGUUUGCUAAAAAGAAUGCUAAUUUGCAGGGAGUAGAACUUGAGGUUGAAGAUGUUGCCAAUGCUGUCUUGUUCUUGGCUAGCGACGAGGCUCGAUACAUCAGCGGAGACAAUCUCCUUGUUGAUGGUGGCUUCACUCGUGUAAAUCACUCGCUUCGUGUUUUCAAAUGAUCAACGUAGUCUUUAGAAGGAAUGAGUUUAUAUCGUAUAUGGUGACUACAAACCUAAGAUUUAUGAUUCUAUAUGUUAUUUAAUAAAAAUAUCCAUUAUGUUUAUAUAUUGAAUGUUAUAAGCUUAUAUUAAUAUUUUUAACACAUUCUUUGGUA